AUGUCCCUGUUCAACCACAUCUACCGUUUCUUUUCUAGUUCCUCAUCAUCGACAUCACUUGCUGCAACUAAGGAAGUAGUGGAGACUAUAAUUCAAGACAACAGAGUCGCCGUGUUUUCCAAGAGCUGGUGCUCAUUCUGCCAUUCCACGAAGGAUUUGUUCAAUACCAACUUUCCUAAUACUUCAAUAAAGGUUGUCGAAUUAGACGAACACGAAGAUGGAUCAGCAAUUCAAGCGUAUUUGUUAGAGAAGACCGGUCAAAGAACAGUGCCCAACAUUUUCGUUAACAGGCAACAUGUCGGGGGCAACGACGACGUUCAUUCGAUGUUCAGGAAGGGGCAACUUGCCAAACUAGUCAACUCGGAAGCAUAG